GGUGAGCUCAGAGCUUUAUCUCAUUGGUGCCACCUGCCAAGGCAGGGAAGGAACGCCUGGCCAUUUGGAGAGUGCUGGAUGGUGAUACAAUGACCACUAUAAAUGUCAGUCGGGCUGGCUAAGAGUGGCCAGGAAAGGACAAAGGCAACUGCAGGCUAAGAGGAGUCACCUUCUUCUAAGAUGGAGAAGUUCAAGGCGGCAAUGUUGUUGGGGAGUGUUGGUGAUGCACUCGGCUAUGGAAACGUCUGCAGGGAGAACAGUGUUUUAGGCUCCAUCCAGGAGGAGCUGCAAAAGACGGGAGGACUGGACAGUCUUGUGCUCUCACCUGGAAAGUGGCCAGUGAGUGACAACACCAUCAUGCACAUGGCAACCGCCGAGGCCCUCACCACAGACUACUGGUGCCUGGAUGACCUGUACCGGGAGAUGGUAAAGCGCUAUGUGGAGACAGUGGAAAAGCUUGCAGAACAUCGGCCAGACCCUUCCACAAUUGAGGGCUGCUCAAAGUUGAAACCGGAUAACUACCUCCUCGCCUGGCAUACGCCUUUCAGUGAAAAGGGUUCAGGAUUUGGAGCUGCCACUAAAGCAAUGUGCAUCGGGAUGCGGUACUGGAAGCCAGAACGGCUGGAGACCCUGGUUGAAGUCAGCAUUGAGUGUGGAAGAAUGACCCACAACCAUCCCACAGGUUUUCUUGGGUCCAUGUGCACCGCUCUGUUUGCCUCUUAUGCAGUACAAGGAAAGCCACUUGUACAAUGGGGAAGAGAUAUGCUGAAGGUGGUCCCCCUGGCCGAGGAGUACUGUAGGAAGACCAUCCGGCACAUGGCAGAGUACCAAGAGCACUGGUUUUACUUCGAAGCAAAAUGGCAAUUUUAUCUGGAGGAAAGAAAAAUCAGUGAGGACACAGAGAACAAAGCCACCUUCCCUGACAACUACGAUGCUGAGGAGCGAGACAAAACAUACAAGAAGUGGAGCUCAGAAGGCCGAGGGGGACGACGUGGCCACGAUGCCCCCAUGAUAGCCUAUGAUGCCCUCCUUGCUGCAGGGAGCAACUGGACCGAACUGUGCCAGCGGGCCAUGUUUCAUGGAGGGGAGAGCGGAGCCACAGGGACAAUCGCUGGCUGCCUGUUCGGGUUGCUGCAUGGCCUGGCCACCGUUCCACGGGGCUUGUACCAGGAACUGGAGCACAAGGGCAGACUAGAGGACUUGGGCACAGCCCUGCACCGCCUGUCCACAGAAGAAAACUCCAAGAACAGCAAGAUUUUCCGUGAGAAGAUGGCCAUCGAUGCACAGACCUUGAAGAAAAAGAUCAGCAGGACAUGUGACGAGGCAACCCGCACUCUCCUCAACAGCCUCCUGCUUUAUGUCUUGGACCGUGCAGAUGGGUCCCAGAAGGCAGAAGACAGAGUAAGUAGGGCCAUCCACCCAUCCCAACACCAGGACGUGGGUCGGAGACCCACACGUUUCCAGCUUCUCCAGGCUAAGUUCAUGGGCACUGGGCGGGAGCCCCACCUCAAGAAGACCCGGGAAGUGGGCCGGCUGAUUUCCAAGGACAAGCAAGGACCUGGUAGGAGUUUUGUAAAUGCGACUAUCAACAAGCUCCUAGAGAAGACUAAGGAAGGAGCCAGCCGUGCCGGCCAGAGGACCCCAGCCAAUGAGAAGCCCCGGUGGAGUCCCACAGGUGGGAAGAGCAAUGUGAAAAACAUCCUGAAGAAGUUCUUGGCUGCAGAAGAGAAGGCAGCUAAGGAGAAAGAAGCCUGUGAGAAACCUCCUGCUCCUCGGCCUGGAGCUGCCAGGGGCCUCCUGCCAAGAAUUGUGGGCCGGAACUCCAUCCUCUCCAAGCUGAGAGAAAGAUUUGAACAGAGUGGCUGCCUGCACUCAGAAGCUGGAGUGUUGCCCCUGCACAGGGAAGGACGGAAGAGCAAGGGCCUACAGAAGAAGAAAGUGCACAGGCCACAAGUACGGGUACUCCACAUAGCUACCAUGGCCACCAGUUGUACUAGGACUCCCCCUGCCCGAUUUCUGGCCUGCACAGCCGAGCCCCUGCCAGCCCUCAGCAUUGCCACCAUUGUCUGUGGCCCCCAGAGCUGGUUGUCCCAUUGUGCAAAACUUAGUCACUCAGAGUCCAGACGCUGGCCCAUUGGAGAAACCAGAACGUCUUCCAGCUCAGAAAACCUGGAACCCGAAGGAAACAAAUCAGAAGGACUCAUGAAUGAGGGCCACAAGGAACAAGUGCAGUCCUCAGUGUCCCAGGCAGUGGCUCAUGUGGAUGGUCACAUGGCUGUGGACAUGGGUUUCUCUGGAAUGUCUACCAAAGGCCAAGCCCUGCCUGGCCAUGUACCACUGUUGUACCCACUUGGACUGGACAGCCCCAGAGAUACUGGGCUAGUCGGAAAGGACAGGACAGCAGAGCCCAAUACACAAGAGGCGGCAGCUGACACCCAGGAAGAGAAGGAAAAUGCAAGGGGGGUCCCUAAAAUCACCAUGACUGUGUGCAGUUCUGAGGAUGAAGCAGAAAGGACACCUUCAGGCUCAGAAAGAGAGCCCUUCUUUGCCUUCCAGUGGCACCUGCCAGAGCAGGAGGCAGUGUCACAGGUCCCCCUCCUAGCCCCUUUAGCAGUCCAGGCUGAGCGGCGAGCACAGCCCGCCAUCAAGCCUCCAAAAAUAACAGUGCAGCUUCCCAUUGUUCACGAAAUGCCUGCCUGUCCCAGCCCUCUGCGGCAUGCAACAAGUCAUGAAGACAAACCUUCCCAACUUUCAGGAAGACAGGAUGUGACUGAAAAUAAACAAGCAGGGUUUUCCACUGUGAAUGAGGAUGGGAGGGGUUGCCAAGCCCCAACAAUACUGAGUAAACCUCGUGGGAUGCCAGUGAGCCUCCAGCCUGUGGCAGCAGACGGACUCCGGGAAGACAUGAGAGAUGACGCUCAGGUGGAUGGUGAUGCCUCACAGACGUUCCUAAUUCCAUUUCCUUCAAAGACUGUUCCUGGUGGGCUAGAGAAAGAACACAGCCUUGAGGACUCAUGUGACAUCAGGAACUGCAUUGCCCCUACACCUAGCAAUGGCACCUCAAGUUAUCCCAAUGUUGGGAGAUGCCAUGCAGGAGUGGGCACCAGCUUGGCCACUGACCUCCAGCAAGGGAUAUCCCCCACAGCGCCGGUGCCACCCCAGGGCUGCAUAAGGUCUAUGGGUCCUAUAGCAUCAGGCAAGAACAUCCAGUUUGGGCAGGAAGAGUGCAAACGGACCCUGAACGAAUCAGCUUCACCCCCAAGCACUGCUCAGGAAAAUGUCAGCCAUGAUUUGGGCAAUAGCAGCCAGCCCACAUUAGAUAAACAGCCUACUACAGGUAUCAAAGCUUCUGGAGAGGUGACAACUAUAGGGGCUGUCACUGGCCUCACAAUGCCACAGCCAAGUAGUACCCAGAACCCUGAAUCCAAGAUAAUGGCAUGGCCAGCUGGUACUCGGGACAUCGAACACAAGAUAAUGCCACAAACAGGUGAUUCCAAGGAUGCUGGGCACAAGAAAAUGCCACAGACAAGUGGUGUCCAUGAUGUCAAAGACAAGCAGAUGUCAUGGGCAAGCGGCACCCAGAACAAUGCAUGCAAAAUGCCUCAUGAUUCCCAGGAUGUUGAACCCAAAAUAACACCACAUCUAGGUACUUCCCAAGAGCCUAAACACAAGACAGCACUGUGGCCAAGUGGCACCCAGGACGUUGAACACAAGACAACACCUCAGCAAGAUAGUACCCAAGACACUAAACAAGUGACACAAUGGCCAGGUGGUACCCAGGAUAAUGAACAAAAGAUAAUACCACAGCCACAUGCUCAGGACCCUGAGCAUAAGGUGGUGUCACAGACAGGUGAUGCCCAAAACCCUAGACAAAAGGCAACAUCGCAGCCAGGCAGUACCCAGGGUACUAAACACAAGACAGUGCCACAAGCAUGUGGUACCCAAGACAAUGAGCACAAGAUGACAGCACAGGUCAGUGAUGGCCAGGAUGGUGAACAAAGGCCCAAAAACAAGACAACGCCACGGUCAAGUAGUGUCUCGGACUACAAAGACAAGAAAACACAAAAACCCAGAAGCCAUCCUUUGGUGUCAAGCAGGUCCCCGAAGGGCGAGAGUAGAGCCACUGAAGGAAGCAUCUCAGAAGACCUGGUGCAGAGCCGUGUCCUGAUGUCGGCAGCCCCAACUGUUCAGCUAGGGGAAGCUGCAGAUUCUUGCCCAGGGCUUGUCAAGUCUCCAGUAUGUUUUUCAAGUGAGCCAGCACUGAGAAGCAGUUCAGGAACAGAGGACAAAAUUACAGCCAUGGAGAGCAUGGCAUCCCCAAGGCCACAAAAGUACCCAGCAGAGUAUCCGAGCCACUCACAACUGCCUUCUGUGGGCCAACAGGCACUGGACAGAAAGUACCCUGAGAGAGAACAACACUUCCCUGCAGCACACUCCCCUACGUAUCCUCUAAGGCCAGCCACAAAGGGGAGGACCAGGCAGGUGGAGCCAGCCUAUGAUUCAGAACCUCCUAUCCCCACACAGAAGGCAGAGCCCAGGUGUGUCCCCCAGGCAAAAAGCUUGGGGAAUAAAGCCAAAGAGAGUCUCCCAACCCAGGGAGACAUGGGCAGGCCACAGAGUCAAACUGGAUCAGAGGAAACUGGUUCAGGAUAUGCAAGAUUACACCAAACUGGACAGUUAGACGUGCUGUGUGUGGCAGAGCCUCAGGUGUGGGCUUCUCGGGACCUCACAGUGAACGAAAAGAUGCCAGUGGAAGAGACUCCCUACCAGCACAGGGACAGGGGUCAGGAGCAUCUCCUGAGGCCACUGGGGAAGCAGGAAAGGAGCCCAACUGAAAGAGACAGCCUUCAGGAUGACGAUAAGAUAGCCACCCCUGGGAACCCAAGGAAGCCUUGUGGCCUGGCUAUGCCUCAGGGAGAGGCCAGCCACCCAUUACCUCCAGCCUGGGGACAACCUGACAGCACAACUGAAAAGGGACCCCCUGCUGGCACAGGCGGGGAGCCUCCAAGUCUGAGCCCCAUACUUGGCAGUCAGCGGAGCCUGGGUGCCCUGCAUCUGCCCCAAGGCCAGUCCCUGGCUAGAAGCAGGACCACAGUCUGCUCCCUCCACACAGCAGCUGACCCUCCCUCCCUCACACCUAAUGCUGGGGAUCACCUGCUCUUCCAAACCCUUGCCCAGGAUGGGCCCACAAAUGCCCCUAGGGCAGAAAAGGACCUACCAGACCAUAGACACCGCAGGUCGGUGCACUUAGCAAAAUACCUUGCCCAAAGCUUCAGUGACCAGAAAGCCUUCGAGCUGUCCUUUAGGCCCACAGUCCUCAGGGCCGGUGAUACCUUUGAGCCCCCGAAGUGAGAACUCACUUUGAGCCAACAGGCUUGUCUCCAGAUGAACAUGACUUUGAGCAUGCCCUACAGAGAGGACAUAGCUGUUAGCAUCCCUCCCUUCCCCCCACUUCACAUGAACUACUCCUGGGAUGCACAUGGGAGGCGCCU